AUGAAAUACGUAAGUAUUCGUCCCCAAUGCCACAGUCCGGGGUUCGAAGCCAAACAAAUAAGUGAUCAUAUCUAUCUGCUUAUCUAUCUAUCUAUCUAUCUAUCUAUCUAUCUAUCUAUCUAUCUAUCAUCAGAGAUCAUCAUUGAGAUCCUAUCUAUCUAUCUAUCUAUCUAUCUAUCUAUCUCAUCUAUCAGUGUGAUCAUCAUUGAGAUCAUCAUUCAUCUAUCUAUCUAUCUAUCUAUCUAUCUAUCUCUAUCUAUCUAUCCCAUAUCUAUCAUCUAUUCAUUAUCUAUCUAUCUAUCUAUCUAUCUAUCAGUGAUCAUCAUUGAGAUCAUAUCCAUUAUCAUCAUCUAUCUAUCAUCUAUCUAUCAUCUAUCUAUCUAUCCAUUCAUCUAUCUAUCAUCUAUCUAUCUAUCCAUCAAUCCAUUCAUCAUCCAUCAUCUAUCUAUCAUCUAUCUAUCUAUCUAUCUAUCUAUCCAUCAUCUCCAUCUAUCAGUGAUGAGAUCAUCAUUCAUCUAUCAUCUAUCUAUCUAUCUAUCUAUCCAUCAUCUAUUCCCAUUCAUCUCAUCUCAUCUCUAUCUAUCAUCUAUCAUUCUAUCAGGCAGAUCAUCAUUGAGAUCCAUCCAUCUAUCUCCAUCUAUCUAUCUAUCUAUCUAUCUCCCAUCUAUCUAUCUAUCUAUCAGUCCAUCCAUCAUCAUUGAGAUCCCAUAUCUAUCUAUCUAUCUAUCCAUCUAUCCAUCCAUCCAUCCAUCUAUCAAUCAUAUCUAUCUAUCUAUCUAUCUAUCUAUCUAUCUAUCUAUCUAUCUAUCUAUCUAUCUAUCUAUCAGAGUGAUCAUCAUUGAGAUCCUAUCUAUCUAUCUAUCUAUCUAUCUAUCUAUCUAUCUAUCUAUCAGAGUGAUCAUCAUUGAGAUCCUAUCUAUCUAUCUAUCUAUCUAUCUAUCUAUCUAUCUAUCUAUCUAUCUAUCUAUCAGUGUGAUCAUCAUUGAGAUCCCAUUCAUCUAUCUAUCUAUCUAUCAUUCAUCUAUCUAUCUAUCUAUCUAUCUAUCAGUAUCCCAUCUCCAUCUAUCCAUCCAUCAUCUAUCUAUCUAUCUAUCCAUCCAUCUAUCUAUCUAUCAUCAAUCCCAUCUGAUCAUCUAUCUAUCUAUCUAUCUAUCUAUCUAUCUAUCUAUCUAUCUCAUCUCCAUCCAUCCAUCCAUCCAUCAGUAUCCUAUCUAUCUAUCUAUCUAUCUAUCUAUCUAUCUAUCUAUCUAUCUAUCUAUCUAUCUAUCUAUCAGUGUGAUCAUCAUUGAGAUCAUAUCUAUCUAUCUAUCUAUCUAUCUAUCUAUCUAUCUAUCUAUCUAUCUAUCUAUCUAUCAAGAUCCCAUAUCCAUUAUCUAUCUCCAUCUAUCUAUCUCUAUCAUCUAUCUAUCUAUCUAUCUAUCUAUCAGUGUGAUCAUCAUUGAGAUCCCAUUCAUCCAUUCAUCUAUCUUCAUCUCCAUCUAUCUAUCUCAUCUAUCUAUCUAUCUAUCUAUCUAUCUAUCAUCAGUUGAUCUAUCUAUCCAUCCAUAUCCAUCAUCUAUCCAUCUAUCCAUCCAUCUAUCUAUCAGUGUGAUCAUCAUUGAGAUCCCAUCAUCUAUCAUCUAUCAUCCAUCAUAUCUAUCUAUCAUCAGUGAUCAUCUAUCUAUCUAUCUAUCUAUCUAUCCAUCCAUCCAUCCAUCCAUAUCUAUCAUCAAUCCCAUAUCUAUCUAUCUCUAUCCAUCCAUCAGUGUGAUCAUCAUUGAGAUCAUAUUCAUUCAUCCAUCUAUCUAUCAUCCAUCAUUCAUCUAUCUAUCUCCAUCAUCUAUCUAUCUAUCAGUAUCAUCAUUCAUCUAUCUAUCUAUCUAUCCAUUCAUCUAUCUAUCAUCUAUCAUCAUUGAGAUCCCAUCAUCUAUCUAUCUAUCUAUCAUCUAUCUAUCUAUCUAUCUAUCUAUCUAUCAGUAUCCCAUUAUCAUUCAUCUAUCUAUCUAUCUAUCUAUCUAUCUAUCUAUCUCUAUCUAUCUAUCUAUCAGUGAGAUCAUCAUUGAGAUCAUAUUGAGAUCCCAUAUUCAUCUAUCAUCUAUCUAUCUAUCAUCUAUUCAUUCAUCAUCAUUCAUCCCAUCUAUCUAUCUAUCUAUCUAUCUUCAUCGGUCUGUCCGUAAUCAGCAAGAUUUGUUUCUUUCUUUUUUAUUCUCUUCGUCUGUUAAUAUUUCUUUUAUAUUUAUUUCUCUGCUUUUCUCUCCCAUUUUAACUUGCCAUGUUCUUUCAUUGCCAAAUCUAUCUAUCGCAUUGUGUCCAUUAUCUAUCUAUCAUUUUUAUCUAUCUAUCUAUCUAUCGCAUCUAUCUAUCGCAUUAUAUAUAUAUAUUACAUUAUAUAUCGUUCAUCUAUCUAUCUAUCUAUCUAUCUAUCUGUUCAUUGUGUCCAUCCAUCUAUCUAUCUAUCUAUCUAUCAAUCAAUAUCUAUCUAUCUAUCGCAUUGUGUCCAUUAUCCAUCUAUUCAUCCAUUCUCUCAUGUCUGUUAAUAUCUAUCAUUUUGUUCAUCCCAUCUAUUCAUCGCAUUGUGUCCAUUAUUCAUCUAUCUAUCUAUCUAUCUAUCGCAUUGUGUCCAUUAUCUAUCUAUCUAUCCAUAUCUAUCAUUCAUCUAUCUAUCUAUCUAUCUAUCUAUCGCAUUGUGUCCAUUAUCUAUCUAUCUAUCGCAUUGUGUCCAUUAUCAUCCAUUCCAUAUUCAUCCAUCUAUCUAUCUAUCGCAUUGUGUCCAUUAUCUAUCUAUCUAUCUAUCGCAUUGUGUCCAUCUAUCAUAUUCAUCCAUCUAUCUAUCUAUCUAUUCAUUCAUAUCGCAUUGUGUCCAUUAUCUAUUCAUCUAUCAUUCAUCUAUCUAUCUAUCCAUCUAUCUAUCUAUCUCUAUCUAUCGCAUUGUGUCCAUUAUCUAUCUAUCUAUCUAUCUAUUCAUCUAUCUAUCUUUCUAUCUAUCUAUCUAUCUAUCUAUCUAUCCCAUUAUGCCAAACUUUAUCAGACUGGAUAAUAAAGCCCUUUUCUGAUUACCAGAACAGUGGACUUUCGGUUUAA